UGAAAACUUCUUUGGACCUCAUAAACAACCACAGAACCACAAGUUGGGUAGCCUGGCAGUGUCAGAAGUGUAAGGCCAGCACAGUGGUCAGCAGGCAGGACGAAUCACACUGAAUGCAAACCACAGGCUUUGGCAGAGCGGUAAAAGAGAUCAUUGCAUCCCCCGCCUUCAGGAGAGGAAACCAUGGCUUCAGAGAGCAUUUUUGAGUCAUUUCCUUCAUAUCCACAGUGCUUUAUGAGAGAUGCCAGCACGAGCCGCCGCUUCACGCCGCCUUCCACCGCGCUGAGCCCCGGCAAGAUGAGCGAGGCGCUGCCGCUGGGCGCCCCGGAUGGCGGCGCCGCCCUGGCCAGCAAGCUGAGGAGCGGCGACCGCAGCAUGGUGGAGGUACUAGCAGACCAUCCCGGCGAGCUAGUGCGCACCGACAGCCCCAACUUCCUCUGCUCCGUGCUGCCCACUCACUGGCGCUGCAACAAGACCCUGCCCAUCGCUUUCAAGGUGGUAGCACUGGGGGAUGUCCCAGAUGGCACUCUGGUCACCGUCAUGGCAGGCAACGAUGAAAACUAUUCGGCAGAGCUGAGAAAUGCUACCGCGGCCAUGAAGAACCAGGUGGCGAGAUUCAAUGACCUCAGGUUUGUCGGUCGGAGUGGUAGAGGCAAGAGCUUCACUCUGACCAUCACUGUCUUUACAAACCCACCACAAGUUGCCACCUACCACAGAGCCAUCAAAAUCACAGUGGACGGCCCCCGAGAACCCCGAAGACAUCGGCAGAAACUAGAUGAUCAGACCAAGCCGGGGAGUUUGUCCUUUUCCGAGCGGCUCAGUGAACUGGAGCAGCUGCGGCGCACGGCCAUGAGGGUCAGCCCGCACCACCCAGCCCCCACGCCCAACCCUCGGGCCUCCUUGAACCACUCCACUGCCUUUAACCCUCAGCCUCAAAGUCAGAUGCAGGAUGCCAGGCAGAUCCAGCCAUCCCCACCGUGGUCCUAUGAUCAGUCCUACCAGUACCUGGGAUCCAUCACCUCUUCCUCUGUACACCCAGCGACACCCAUUUCACCCGGCCGUGCCAGCGGCAUGACCAGCCUCUCUGCGGAACUUUCCAGUCGACUCUCAACGGCUCCGGACCUGACAGCCUUCGGCGACCCGCGCCAGUUCCCUACGCUGCCGUCCAUCUCCGACCCGCGCAUGCACUACCCAGGCGCCUUCACCUACUCGCCGCCCGUCACGUCCGGCAUUGGCAUCGGCAUGUCAGCCAUGAGCUCGGCCUCUCGCUACCACACCUACCUGCCGCCGCCCUACCCCGGCUCCACGCAGGCGCAGGCCGGGCCCUUCCAGACCGGCUCGCCCUCCUACCACCUGUACUACGGCGCCUCCGCCGGCUCCUACCAGUUCUCCAUGGUGGGCGGCGAGCGAUCGCCCCCGCGCAUCCUGCCGCCCUGCACCAACGCGUCCACGGGCGCCGCGCUGCUCAACCCCAGCCUCCCCAGCCAGAGCGAUGUAGUGGAGACCGAGGGCAGCCACAGCAACUCGCCCACCAACAUGCCCCCCGCGCGCCUGGAGGAGGCCGUGUGGCGGCCCUACUGAGCGCCUUCGAGGGCCUGAGCCGUCCAUGCACAGACCCCGCCAGGAGGGCCCUUGGAGGCCAACAGGAAGAUUCCAGGAGGGAAACUGUGAAUGCUUCUGAUUUAGCAAUGCUGUGAAUAAAAGAAAGAUUUUAUACCCUUGACUUCACUUUUUAACCACGUUGUUUAUUCCAAAGAGUGUGGAAUGUUUUCUUUUCGGGGUGGGGAAGACGCAGCCCAACCUGUUUGACAUCUAAUUUCUUAUUUCAGAGUUUCUUUUCCGCACCUUAUCGAUUGCAAAAAUGCCUGUUUGCAUCUGGGUGGUCGUUUAUUUUUAAGUAUGUAUAGAUUUGAGCUUGCUUUUUUUCUUACUUUGACCAACUCAAAGAAAUAAAAUUCCCUUCUCUGUAAGGUUUAUUUAACUUUUAGACUUUCAUGUAGCUGGGGGUUUUAUUUGUGUUUGUUUUUUGUUUUUGUUUUUUAAAAAGACAGCUACAGCUUUGGGUCAUUUUUUAACUACUGUAUUUCCACAAAGAAAUCCCUAGAUAUUUAUGUAUCUCGAUGUCUGAACAUUUACAUAUGUGUUGAUACUUUUUUAAUUAUUUAAAUGUACUUAUAUUAAGAAAAAAUAUCAAGUACUACAUUUUUCUUUAUAAUAGCCAAAGUUAAAUGUUAUUGCGUUGAAGAUGGCUGGAAAAAAAAGAGAUUGCUUGGUUAUCUAGAGAUAUUGUUUACAUUAAACUCCCUUUAUGUUAUUCAAACAAGUUGGUAGGUAAUGCAGCAAUGUUUUUAAUUGGAUUGUAGACACUGAGGGUCACUCCAAGGUCAGAAGUACAAAAGUUUCUGCUAGGCUCAACAAACAGUCUCAUACCUGGCUCCUUCCCUUCAAAUAGAAAGGCAAAACUCUGCCCUGGAAGGGUUCAGAGAGGUGCCAAGGAUUACAGCUCUGAAGAGGAGUUGGUUUGGCCUGGAGAUAUGCGUGUCCCAAGGCCUCAUUCAGGCAUGCUUUAUCCCAGAGCUCACCCAAGUAAGCUGUGGGUCAGGGCUUCAUUUACAUAGUAUUUACAUAGACCCAAAGCAGUGAGUAGGAUUCUUUAAUUGCCUUCCAUUAAUAGUACCUGUUCAUUGAUGUAAACCAAAACUCUCAAGGCUGCACCCCAAAGAUCCAAAUAGAAGAGGCAAGACCAGGUAGGUGCCUUUGAGGCCCAAAGGCUGAGUUUUAAGAGAGUGUACCCCAAAGUCUGAAGGAGCCAUUUUCCCUCCAUCAAUCUUAGUGGGAUCAUUCAUGGGAGUCAGAUACCAUGUCAGCCUGUGCACGAUGCUCAUCAGAAGCUACUCCCUCACCAGCAUCUUUCUCAACCAGGCUGAGCCCAUGACCUUUGGGGUGUGUUCACUUUCUCUGUGCAUCAGCGUGAUAGAUCCCUGGCAUGGCUACGGUUCAGGUGUGCAUCUCAUCACUGUAAAUGUAAUGGUACUAUUGUUAUAGUGGAAGGCUUGGUCAAAAUCCAGUUGUUCUACAACUUAUAAAGCCUAACUGCUGGUUCUGACAUACAUGUGCUCAAAAUGAUCUGGUUGUUUUGUUUUUGUUUUUGUUUUUGUUUUGUUUUGUUUUAAUGUACCUCUUAAAUUAGUUGAAAUGAUGUCAGGUCAACUCCAAGAGCGUUUGAAAGCAGGACUUCACAACAGUGUUUGAUUUUUUUAUUAUUAUUAUUAUUUUAUAAAUUUAAGCAUUCAGAUUAGAUCUUUGGCUGCAGGCAGCAAAAACAGCUGGACUUAUUUAAAAAAAAUACAAUUUGUUUUUUGAGUUUUAUCUAUAUCUAUAUCUAUAUGUUGAUUCUUUGUUUUACAUAGAGCAGCAGCACUUUGGUAACCUGUGAUGAGACCAGGUUGUUCUUGUCUGGGAAAGCGCUAGCAGAAUCCAGAGAAACUCAGAAGAGAUUUUCAUAUCAGAUAUACCUUCCUGCUCCCUCCGGUCUCACUCAGUUAUUCCACAGAACACAUCUACAGCUCUGUUGUCAGAAAAAUAAAAAUUUUAACUUCUCAAAAGGACCAUUAGUUUGUUUCUCCAAAGUUAGAUGUUCCUCUUAGCAUAGGCUGCCAUGUCUAGCCUGAGAAAACGCUAGGGAAAGACCAAGGAAAAAGAUUUAUAUUUUUCCAUAUUAAUUUUGAUAUCUGAAGAUACUGUAGCCCUAAGAGAGGAAGUAGGUAACCUCACACAUUGAGCCUUUGCCCUGGGCACCGUGCAUCAAGAAGGCUUGUCACUUUGUCAUAGACAGCCUGGUGAGCUUCCUAAACUUUUAUCAACCUAGGCAAUAUUUAGUCAUCUCAGAAAAAAAAAAAAAAUCAAUCAGGCAUGCCUUGUCUUGGAGAUAGAUUCCACAAGGCACACAUUUUUCUACCUGAGAAAUUGCCUUCAGGAACAUCAAGGUGUCUCCUUAGUCUCUGUCCACAAGGAAGGCCCAUAAGCUGAUUAUUGAGAUAAUAGAGCUGUUGGGAAAACUGGUCCAGAGGAAAAAAUGGGAUAAGCCAUUCCUACGGCUUAUUUAAGCUUCUAUUUAUGAUUUUAACACAUGCUUCGUUCCUUCUGGUUUUCUCACCUUCUAUAUCCUCCCAAUAUCCCUUCUCACUUUCUUUUCCCUCCUCCAAAUUCCACACUCUCCUCCUGCAAAGUUUAUAGGUAGGCAACACACACACACAGACACACACAUGCACAUAUACGCAUACACAUGCACACACACACAUACACAUGCACACACACCCUCUCCCCUAUACCAAGUAUCCAGAACACAGAAAGUCCAGUUCUUCUCCGUUUAUUAAAGAACAGGGUGAGUCAGCCAUUCUCUUGCUCGUGGGUUUUGUUUUGUUUCGUUUUUUUUUUUUUCUAACAGAACAGAGGCGUUGCCAGCCAUUUUGGGUCUGCUUUCUGUCCAGAUACUGCAAGAGAAACUCCGCGGAUCACAACCCGAGGCUGAGCGGCUGUGCUGCUGCCCAAACGUCCCCGUGCAGACAAAUGCACACUCGGACCGGAAGGAGUGUCUCUCCUUCAGCUCUUUUCUCUCACACAUUUCUCUUGAAUGGCCUCAACUGAGGACUGCAGAUUUCUUUCUUGAAAUAACUUUUCUCCCCCAGGACAUGCAGUCUUAGGGGUUUUUGGUUUUGAGGAUUUUUUUGGUUCUUUUCAUUUUGUUUGUAGGAAAGGGUGUGAGAUACUUUCAUACAAGAAAAUAAAUGGUUUGACAACAAUUUCAGAAUAUAUCUUUUCCUUAUCUGAACAAGGUACUGUUUUGUUUCCUCUACAGUAUACAUUUAUUUGGUGGUUUGGCUGGUCAGUUGUUAGUUGUUUGUUGGGAACCUUCUGCCUUUCUGCCAGGUCAGUGUGGACAAAGCCGAUCAUUUGUCUUUUUAUUUUUUUUUUCUCAGAAGAGUUGUAACACAAACUCAAUUGUAUUUAUGUAUGUAAAUAGAUUUCAUGCUUCAUUAUAAAAUAUUGUUAAUGCCUGUAAUAACUUUUUUCACAUUUUGUGUGUGUUUCUAAGGACUUUUUCUUAUGUUCGCCAAAUAUUGUAGAAGAAAAAUGCUUCUCUCCACUUGUUUAUUUUAGAUUAAAAAAAAAAAACAAGCUACUUCUUAUCCACUUUUAUAAACAGAUAAUAAACAAGCAUGGUUCCAAAUUUUUUUUAAGUUCACUUUAUGUUCUAGGAGAAAUGAAUGUGCAAAAAAAAAAAAAAAAAAUCAAUCUCCAAAUGAACUGUUGGAUAUUUCUGUUACUCUGGAUGUACAAUGAUCAAUAGAAAGAAAUAAGCUUCCAAAUUGAAAUAGCAGCAAGACACAUGUAUUGGAAAAAACACCUCAGAAAAUGCAAUUCUGCAGCCUCCAGCUACUGCCCAUGUGUGGCAAGCAUUAGAUGUGGUCACAAGGGAUCCUGGUGCAUGGGCCUCUUCCAUCCUGGUACUAACAUGUAGAACACCUCCUAAGGGGUACUGUCAGGCUCGGGUCUAAAAGCACAUAGGUAAGAGUGAAUGUCCCAGAACCCUUCUCAGGAGCCCAGGAGAGCAGGCACUCACUCCACUGCAGCUGCCCACUACAUAGUCGGAAGCAGCUCCCCUCUCCUGGGGGGUCACAAAGAGCCAGGGCAGGGCAGUCCUAAGCCACUGAAGGCUUCCUUCCUUUGUACUCUGAUCUUUUCUGUAACUCCAAUAUUAAAAACCCAUGUGAAUGGCAAAUAAACAAUUUGACAAG